AUGGCCGCCGCGCCGGAGGGCGAGGGCCUCUUCGCUGACCCCGAGCCCUUCUCCCCGUCCAUCUUCCUCGACCUGCCCCCGACGCCCCGCCCCGAUGGCAACGGCGAGGUCCCGGCCUCGUCGGAUGACCUCGUCCUCCCCUUCAUCACGCGGAUCCUCAUGGAGGAGGACAUCAACGACCAAUUCUUCUACCAGUUCCCCGACCACCCCGUGCUCCUCCAAGCCCAGGAACCGUACGCGCAGAUCCUCUCUGACGCUGCCACGGCUCGCACCAACAGCGCCGCCUCGGUCUCCCCCGCCACCGUCUCGCCGUCCUCGGUCUCCAAGCCCAGGAACCGUACAGUUGGGAUGACUUGGAGGCUGAGACGUGCAGGAAGAGCAAGCUGA